GUGCAGCGAGACCGAACCUGUGGAAACCGCGAUGAACAGCUGAUCCUCCCGCAGUGGAUGAAGCCUCCCGCCGCGGUCUCCUGCCGGUCACGAUGUCCGCUCCUGCGCACGGCACUAUGUGAACAGCUGUUGGACAAACAAAGAAAGGAAGUUAUAACAAGAAGAAAAGAGAGAAGAUAUAUGCACAUACAUAUGUUGUUUUGGGAUCUCAAAUUAAUAAUAACGUCUUAGAUUUGUGUUGGGUUUUUUUUUCCUUCUUCUUCCCGGAUUGGAGAUACUGCGCGCUUCUCGGUGCGUCACCGGCUCUCCGUCAUGCUAUUGCCAAGCGCUGUUGUCUUCACUUUUUCUUGCUUUUUGGCCCCGUUGCUCCUCUGCUACCUGCCUCAAGUCUCAGCACAGAAGCCCGGAUCGCGGUGGCUGAUCGGAGAGAGAGACAACCACUGCGGGUCCGUCUGCUUGCGGACGAUCGGGAAGCCGGUGUGCGGCUCGGAUGGGCGGACCUACGAGACAAACUGUGAGCUGCAGAGGGCCCGAUGCAGGGACAAAACGCUGACGAUGGCGCAUCGGGGAAGGUGUCGAGCGAGGUUUACAGUGCCGGUGGCUCCAGCACCAACGGCCACAUCUGAUGGGAGGGAGCCAGAGCCGAAAGAGGCAGGUCAGUCGAAGUGCCACGUGGAGAGGAACCAGGCCCUGGAACAGGCGCGGAGGCCUCAGGAGUCCACGUUCGUCCCGGAAUGCAACGAGGAUGGAACGUUCGCCCAGGUCCAGUGUCACACUUUGACAGGUUACUGCUGGUGCGUCACCUCCGACGGCAAGCCAGUGAGUGGCUCCUCUGUGCACAACAGGAAGCCUGUGUGUUCAGGAAACUUCAGUGAAAAUAUGGGAACUGAUGCUGGAAGGAGUGGAUUCUCAGUUAGGUCAGUAACCGACCGACCACCUGGGCCCCCGAACGCGGGUAGAAAAGUCUCCUUCCGUUUCUUUCUCACUCUCAACCCAGACGACGGCUCCAAGCCCACCCCCACCAUGGAGACCCACAUCCCCCCCGAGGGUGAGGAGAUAACUGCUCCGACACUGUGGAUAAAACAUCUGGGGUACAUGGAGAAUAAGCAGAACACCACUUCCAGAAGGCAAGAAAAGGUUCCCUCUUGUGACCAGGAGAGGCAGAACGCCCUGAAUGAGGCUCAGCAGAGUUCCCGGGAGUCCAUUAUCAUUCCGGACUGUGGGUCUGGAGGUCUUUACAAACCGGUCCAGUGCCAUCAGCAUACUGGUUACUGCUGGUGUGUUUUAGUGGAUACGGGACGGCCCAUCCCCGGAACGUCAACCUUGUACAAGACGCCGGAGUGUGACGCAGACGCGCGGUCUUAUGUCGCGGACCCGGAGGACCCGUUCCACGUCAGACCCCUGCAAGGCUGCCCAGAGGGGAAGAAGGGGGAAUUCAUUACAAGCUUGUUAGACGCUCUCACGACCGACAUGGUGCAAGCCAUAAACUCACCGGCCCCCUCUGGUGGCGGGAGGUUUGUGGAACCUGAUCCCAGUCACACUCUGGAGGAAAGAGUGGUGCAUUGGUACUUUGCCCAGCUGGAUAACGAUGGCAGCAAUGACAUCAACAAGAAGGAACUCAAACCUUUCAAGAGGUACCUGAAGAAGAAAGCUAAACCUAAGAAAUGUGCCCGCAAGUUCACCGACUACUGUGAUCUGAAUAAGGACAAGGCUAUUUCGCUGCAGGAGCUGAAAGGCUGCCUCGGUGUCAGCAAAGACGGAAGCCUGUUGACAAGCGGCAGUCAAGGAACAAGGCAAGGGACAAAACUGUUCAUCGGCCGUCUGGCGUGAGGAGGGAACGGACGAGAAGCUGAAGACGAGAGCCGAGGAGACGGAGGCGUCUGCACGCUUCCCGACGGGAACCUAAAGACGGAGCAGAGAAAUCAAGAAGUUUCUGAAUCGGAGAGACAAAAAAAAGAACGAGAGAGAGAGAAAAAAGAGAAAAGCAACAAAGCGGCGCCAAAAUAAUUGCACUUUUUCCUCCCUACGUCUGACAUAUUAACUGCUUUUUUGUUUGUUAUUUUUCAUCUUGAAGUGACUGAGAAUUCACUAAGUAAAAAAAAUGAGAAUAUAUUUGUAAAGAGUUGACAGGCUCACCACUGGAAGAGCGCGUAUGUGUAUGUAACCACCCCCCCUCCCCUGCUGUAUGUUCAGUCUGCUGUGUUGAUUUGUUCAGUCCACAUGUCUCAAUCCCAGGCCUGUCCAAUAAAACGUUACACCGCCCUCGCCCCCGCCCUCCACCACCGUCAGACAUGCUGCAGCAGCAGACAGCUCAGCGGCGAAUCAGCAAACAAUCAAUCAAAAAAAAAAAAAAAGUAAAUCAGUGUGAACCCACUGACUUACACCUGAUUUGUCAGCGUAAAACAAUGAACUCUAUGAAUUCCCUCGCUCUGGCUGUAGAUCUGUUGGUGUUUUCCUUGUAAAAAAAAGAAAACAUAAGAGCAGAUGUUUGUGUUGUAAAGAAGAAAACAAAAACUCGCUGCAAGUACUUAGCUGUGCCACCCAAAACCGAUGCAAGGCAGCCACGCCAUCUGCGCUAAAUACUUCACACAGUCUGUUUGCUAAAGAAAAAAAAAAAAAAAACAAAAACAUAAUAAUAAAAAAGGCAAUAAAAAGCGCCGAAGUAGUUCAGACCAUACCUGUGGUGACGUAAUGCGUCUCUUCUUCAGAACCCAGCGGGGGAUUGGCCGACAGCAAAGCCAUCAGUUAAGCUCCACUGCUAGCUCCGCUAGCUCUUUAGAUAAACUGGCACAUCCGAAUAUCUAAAGACGCGCAGUGUGGAUGUCUGUGCCCUAAAAGACGAGCCUUUAAAUAACACAAACCUAUAAAGGAGUAAAAUAUCUCCAACAAAAAAUUAUUGUAGUUGAUCCAUUAGGCACAGGAACUCUAGCUGCUGCGUUCCACCUUGUUCAGCUGCCAUUUUGCUUUUGGUGUUUUCAGAUUGUUUUCAUCUUUUACUGACAUUUAAUGUGACAGGCCCACAUGGUAAAAAGCAGACGGAAAACGAUAACAUGGUUGUCACUUUGUCCUCGGAAAGUUGUGCGCGUGUGUUCAGUCAUCCUGGAUUAAUCCUUUGUAGAACAACACGUUUGUUUCUACCAGCUUUGAACAUCUAAGAGUUGGAAAUUCAAAUCAACCAAGAUUAAACUGUGACCAUCUCUAAAUAUCAAUUUUCAAGUCUUGCCCUUGAUUCCAAAUUUCAUUUUUGUCUGGAGUUUGACUGGGACAUUUUUACACACGAAUAUCCUUUGAUUGUAUCUCAGGCUGUUUGUUUCGUGUCGCCCUGCUGGAUGGUGAGAAUACUGGCUAGACGUAAGUAGCUCCAUCAAUUCGACCCGCUUCCCAUGAUGCUGCCGCCACCACGAUGCUGCAAACCUCUGAGGUCUUCGGUUGGAUUCCUAAAUUGUGCGCAGAAAGACUUUAUUGACUAAACAGGCGACUUCUAAACUCAGUCGAUUGUGCCAGAUUUUUAUUUGAGAGUAUUAGAGCAAAGAGGGGCUGGAUGCAAAAAAAGCACACCACACUUUUCAGAUUUUUACCUGUAAAACAUUUGAAAACCAUGCAUUCUUUUUUUGUUUUUUACUUCCACUUAACCGUGAGUCAGUACUUUGAGAAGCCUGAAAUUAGUGGAUGUAAAGUGAAAGUAUAUGAUUCAUUUCAAGCCAAAUAAAAUAAUUUAAAUACUUGCAUGCAAUUGUGAGUUCCAAAAAUGACCAAUAGUGACAUUAUUGUGUAAGAAAAUAGCCUUAGCUUUAUCAGGUAGCAUGAUGGUGGAUUAACAGUCGUCUGCGGAGCCAAGUAUCAAAACGGCUUUUAAAAACGAUGGGUUAAUGAGGGAGAACAAAGUUUUCAGUUUGUUGUUGAUUUGGUUAAUUAGCUGGAGUCUCUAUCAACGAAUGAAGAUUCUGGUUUUAAACGCAGGAAAAAAAAAAGAGAAACAACAAUUUAAACAAUGUGGCAUUCGCGCACAAAUUUCAAUUUCAUAAAACAAAUACGUUUUCUGAGCAUUUACUGUUGGUUCCUCCGGUGCCACGUGUCGGCGUUCAUCCCUGAAACAAUCGACAACAUCCACCUUAAAUCCGCCCCGCCUCACCUGAUCCCGCUCUGGAUGCAAAAACACACACAGCCAAAAAACAACGGAGCAGAGAGGGAAGAGAUAUUAAAUCUUUUAGGAAUUUGAAGCAUAAAAAUUCCUCCCCACAUUUGGGAACAAUUGGGUCUCACACUAGGAGAAACACGCUUUCGCUGCUGGAGUCUGGACGCUCGUGUCUGUGUGUUUUGAGUUUUUGUUUUGUUUGGUCCCCCUCACAAAUAUCUGCAGCGGCUCAUGGACACGAAAUGCUUUUUAUUGUAAAUAUGUACGAUAACCUUUUUGUUUGACGGUUUUACUAAAUCCCACUACAGUGGCAUGAUUUUAAAUGUACUUCACUGUCAGCGUAGCUUCUUGUAAAAAACACAUCCCCUGUUUUUCUUCUCCUUCUUCUAACUCAUUCACGCUUAAGUCCGUAGACUGGUCUGCUUUUUUUUUUUUUAUCCGUGCUCUGCUUCAUUUUGUGUCUGCCUUCAUCACUGAACACCAGCAGGAAUGUAAAACAGCAACUGGUGCUUACAAUCAGAACGUCCGGUUAUUUCCAUUCUAACGUGAACUGAACACUUGUGCCAAGAACAAGAGAAUAAUCCCAUCCUUCCUCGAGUCCUGUGCAGUUUCUCCUCCUGAGUGAACUUUUAUUUUUUCCACCCUCCCAUCCAGGUUAGAAACACAAAGCUUUUGUGUGUCUGCCGAAGUGCUUCCAGACGCAGCGAGCUGCAGAUUGUUCGGAAACAUCUUAAAAAGGAGCCAACAGGCUGACAAUCAGCACAGAUGGCAGUGGGAUGUGUGUGUGUGUGUGUAUAGAGGGGGGUGCUGCAGCUGGCUGUCACUCUGACUCCAACCAUGUUUCAAAAGUGAUUUUUUUUUUUUACUAAAGUUUGAAGAAUGAGAUCCGACUCAAAAAUAAUAAUGAUAAUAAUAAUAAUAAUAAUAAUAAUAAUAAAGAAAAAGCACAAAAUGAUCUUAUAAAGUGAAUCCUGUCAUUAGGCAGAAACAUAUAAAACUUAUUUCAAGAGCUUUGCUCGUUUCUUUCCUGAAUGUG